GCCACGCUCUUCCCGGCUUCCGGCUCGCGGGGCAGCCGAGGGAGCCGGUCGGGACGCGGAGGAGGCCGGUGCCGCCCGUGCCGCCCGUGCCGCCCAGUAUGGGAUGCGCGUGAGCCGCGGGUCUCUGCUCCCCGCGGGCGGCCGCAGGAUGUCACCACCUUGCCAUACCUCGGCCUUGCUGCUGGUCUUUGUGGCCCUGGCUGUAGCAGGGGCUGAGCAGUCCGAAGAGAGGAGCUGUGAUGUGGUUGGUGAUGAGAGCAGUGAAUCACAGACAGAGAGAGCCCUGCUGAAGAAACUGGAGCCCCUGAGCCACAUGAGGUUUAACGUGACUGUGGAGAAGGGCAAAACAGAAAACUACGUCUACAAUUUCAGGGUGUGCAGGGAGGUCAACAGCACCUCGCACGACUUUGGUGGCCUGGUGCAAACAGAUAGACAGAAUGGAAAGACCACGGUGAUAGGAAGAAUCAAUGAAACCCAGGUCUUCAAUGGAAGUGACUGGAUCAUGCUGAUUUAUAAAGGAGGUGAUUCAUAUGGCAGGCACUGCAGUGGUGAGAAGAGGCGAGCUGUGAUAAUGAUUUCUUGCAAGCGGGGAGUUACAGCGAGUUCAUUCAGCAUUAUUUCUGAAGAGCGGGAAAAGGAGCAGGAGUGUUUCUACCUCUUUGAAAUGGACAGCAGUGUGGCUUGUCCAGCUGAGAAUUCCCACCUCAGUGUUGGCUCCAUUCUGCUGAUCACGUUUGUGUCACUGAUUGCAGUCUACAUCAUUGGUGGGUUCCUCUACCAGCGCCUCAUUGUGGGAGCAAAGGGCAUGGAGCAGAUUCCUCACUUUGCCUUCUGGCAAGAUCUGGGCAAUUUGGUGGCAGAUGGCUGUGACUUUGUGUGCCGAUCCAAGCCUCGGAACGCACCAGCCGCGUACCGUGGUGUGGGGGAUGACCAGCUGGGAGAGGAGUCAGAAGAACGGGAUGACCACUUGCUGCCCAUGUGAUAGGCUUUCCACACCAAGAUCUUUUCUCCCCAUCUCCCCAGUGCUUGUUUAGCCAGGUGCCUCCCAGCCAGUUCUCCUUCUCUCACUUCUGAUUUUCUUUACACUGUUUGCUUCCGCUGUCUCCGGUGUGUCAAGUCCCAUGGAUGCCUCUGGAUGUGAACAGCACUGGUUCCUAAUGGCAUGGCUUAUAAAUAUAAUGCUGGGUUGGGUUUUAAAAGUGCAGCAGAGCUCAGGGAAGAAGUGUUGACAGUUGAGCAGAAAACAGCAAUUUAAAUGUUCAGCACUGAGCAGGAAUGGGAGAUGAAUCACUAAGAGGAAAAAAGGGGCAUCGAUGGGUGCAGAAAGGGAAAAAGGCUAUGGCUUAAAACAGCUGACACUGUAAAAGGGAUAUUCUCUUUCUUUUUAAUUUUUUCACUAGGGUUUACACAAUCUGUAAGACACUGGAAUUCUUUUUCUUUGAAUGCAUUUUCAGCUUUUCUAGCUUCUGCGCUGUUAUACAAUUUCUGCCAGCAUAACGGGCACAGAGUGCUCUAUGCCAGACUCUGGGGGUGAACAGGCAUUAGCACCUCUGCAAUCUUUUGUUUCCCUAAUGGCAGUGGUGUGAACUUCUCAACAGUUUCCUUCAACAGCUCUAAAGGGAUUCAUGCCAUCCUCUCCGACUGGAGAGAGGCAAUGCUGAAAAACCAUAGGAGUUAAAUGGAGUCAAAAUAUUGACUUCAAAGUAUUGACUCAGUCUUCUCAAUCAGUGAGAAGCAAAAGGAAAAACAUGUGCUGCUAAGGAAAAGGAACAUUUGCUGAAACUGAAAGUGACAUUAAGACAAAAUGAGACAGGUAGCUGCCACUUGAGUUCUGACACAGGCUUCCUGAGGUGACUGCCCACACACCUCAGUCACUGUCAGCAUUGUGAUUUUACACUCCCCAGAAAUACCUUGUUUUGCAGAGGGUUUUCCUACGAAGAUGUCAGAAUUUAUUUUUAUAUCAAAGGAACCAUGGAAGCCCUGGCUAAGAAUGCCAACACACUGAGAAUUGGAUAAGGGACUCUCACAUGGUCAGCUUUCAUAAAUCACUGUCCCCUUAAUCAUGGUGCAGGCCAGUCUUAAAGACACUUGCCCUGCGCAGAUGGUACUUAACAUACUGCCACUGGCUGGGAGUGACAAAGACCACCUCCUUGGGCCCUGGUGAAAA